CUUACUUUUUUCCCUUCUUCUCGCUCUUGCUCUCCCUCACUUUCUCCAGCUUCUUUCGACGGUGUAGAUCCUUGUCGUUGUCGUCCUCGAACUCGGAGCACUGAAUUCAGUCUCUUGAGCACUGCUGUUGAGCUCUGAUACAUCUUACUCUUUGCGACAUAUCCAGAUAAGAAAUAUGCCUCCAAAAUCAGCAAAGUCGAAAGAAGCACCAGCUGAGCGACCAAUCCUUGGAAGAUUCUCCUCUCACCUCAAGAUUGGCAUUGUUGGAUUACCAAAUGUUGGCAAAUCUACUCUUUUUAACACAUUGACAAAGCUAUCAAUUCCUGCCGAGAAUUUUCCUUUUUGUACCAUUGAGCCUAAUGAAGCUCGAGUCAAUAUCCCUGAUGAAAGAUUCGAGUGGCUUUGCCAACUUUAUAAGCCAAAAAGCGAGGUUUCAGCUUUCUUGGAAAUCCAUGAUAUAGCUGGAUUGGUUAGAGGUGCCCAUGAGGGUCAAGGCUUGGGCAACAGUUUCCUAUCUCACAUUCGUGCAGUUGAUGGCAUUUUUCAUGUGUUACGUGCAUUUGAAGAUCCAGAUAUUAUUCAUGUUGAUGACUCUGUGGAUCCUGUGAGAGAUCUAGAGGUUAUUGGUAAUGAAUUACGACUAAAGGACGUUGAAUUCAUGGAUAGAAGAAUAGAAGAUCUUGAAAAGAGCAUGAAGAGGAGCAAUGACAAGCAGUUAAAAAUAGAGCUUGAGUUGUGUCAAAGGGUCAAGGCAUGGCUUGAGGAUGGUAAAGAUGUUCGCCUCGGAGACUGGAAAGCUGCUGAUAUUGAGAUAUUGAACACAUUUCAAUUGCUUACUGCCAAGCCUGUUGUUUACCUGGUUAACAUGAAUGAGAAGGACUACCAGAGAAAAAAGAACAAGUUCUUGCCCAAGAUUCAUGCUUGGGUGCAGGAACAUGGGGCUGAACCAAUUAUUCCUUUCAGCUGUGUGUUGGAAAGAAAUCUAGCCGAUAUGUCACCAGAUGAAGCAGCAAAGUAUUGCGAGGAGAACAAAGUGCAAAGUGCUCUUCCAAAAAUCAUCAAGACUGGAUUUUCUGCAAUUAAUCUCAUAUACUUCUUCACUGCUGGUCCUGACGAGGUGAAAUGCUGGCAAAUUAGACGACAAUCAAAGGCCCCACAGGCUGCAGGGACAAUCCAUUCUGAUUUUGAGAAGGGUUUUAUAUGUGCUGAGGUCAUGAAAUUUGAAGAUCUCAAGGAGCUGGGCAGUGAGUCAGCUGUUAAGGCUGGUGGAAAGUAUAGGCAAGAAGGGAAGACUUACGUUGUCCAAGAUGGAGACAUAAUAUUCUUCAAGUUCAAUGUAUCCGGGGGUGGAAAGAAAUGAAAUGCGUCUUAAAUGGGCUGUGGAGUAAUUUUAGUCUGUCGCAUCUAUAUGAUAGAAAAAGGGAAAGUCUCGAAGGCGCGGGUUAUUCCACCUUUGAAUUUAUACUCGGUCGAUGUUGAUGGAUCCCAUCAAACAUUAAAUUUUAUUUUUAGGAGUAUUAUUUCAAUACAAGGAUGGAGACUUGACUGCUUAAGCGCAUGGAGUUCCCAGUCUCCACAGCUUCGGCUAAAGAUAUAGAGUAUUUGUAUCCUGUUUUGCUGUUUUAGAAAUUUUUAUCUAAAAUGGAUGUUAUACAGUACAGCACGAAUGUGAGUGAGAAUUUAAGAGCCGAAAGAUGCAGGUAUGUAUUUAGCAUGCAAAUUGCUUAUUGCGUUUUCAGAUUUUGAUAUCUUGAUUUUCA